AUGUCAUCCCAAGGGCCUGCACCGCCCAAGAACUGGCCACCAGGCGUCCGCUACCUCACCACCCCCGUCUACUCGCCCACCCUCACCCCAAGCCACCUCACAGCGCUCCGAACCCGACCGCCGCAAGACGCAAAGGAAGCAGCAGCAGCAGCAGCAGCGCCAGCCAACCCCCACCCCAAGGGUCCUUGCAAGCUCGUCCGGAUCGCGCCGGUGACCACACCUUCGCAUCCUGCCCACGGCCAGAGCGGGCUCUUUGCCGCCAGAGACCUCCCGCCGGGCACCUUCCUCCUGGCCUAUCUGGGCGAGAUCCACGCGACGCCUCCUCCCGCCGGUGGUGACGAGAGGGGGGAAGCCGCGGAUCCGCACGCGGACUCGGAUUACGAUCUCAGUCUCGACCGGGAGAUGGGCAUUGGAAUCGAUGCCGCCCGGAGCGGAACCGAAGCGAGGUUCAUCAACGACUACAGAGGGGUAGCCGACCGGCCGAAUGCCGAGUUCCGCGAGGUCUGGGAUGCAGGGAGGGGAGAGCGGGGCAUGGGCGUGUGGGUGUUGCCGGAGGGCAAGAGCGGGAAGGGCAAGGGCAAGGGCAAGGGCAAGAGCAAGGGCAAUGGCAAGGGCAUUCGCAAAGGGGAAGAGAUCUUGGUGAGUUAUGGGAGGGGAUUCUGGGGUGCGCGGAGGGAGCGGGAGGAGGUUACCCGGAUCCUCUGCAGCGCGGCGGAGAUAGGAUCGCCUCUGCUCCGCGUCGCUACUGUAUAG